AUGGCGCAGCGCGAGCUGCACCGCGACCUCGUGGAGCGCAGCCGCGAGCGCGUCGUGCGGGUGCGCGCCGGCAACAGCCUGCUCCACGUGCUGCAGCAGCAGCAGCAGCUGAGCCAGCCGCCACUGCCGCUCCGCUCCUCCACUUCGCUGCCACUGCUGCCGCCAGCCCCGACACUCGCAGUCGCGUCCAAGCGCCGCACCCGCAGGGCCAUCGAUGCAGAGUGCGCAGACGACCACCGAGCUCGACGGCGGCGCAACGCCCUGCCGCGCCUAGCGAAGGACCGCGUGCAGGUGUCCGAGGCCGCCACGUCCUUCGAGCAGUACCAGAACUUCAUGGCCAACAAGAUCUACAGGGAGGAGACCAUGCACCUGCAGAACCGCCGCGCCGCGCUCGUCCCAAAGGCCGAUCUGCUCAAGAAGCUGGCGGCGGUCUGUGCUGCUGCGCUCAAGGAAAUGGAGAGUGAGGAGGAGGCGCCGGCGGUGCGUGAGUCGCUGCGAGAGAAGCUCGUGCGGGCCAUGGCGCUGCUUCGAGGCGGACGCGCGUUUGAGCAAGCCAAGUCGUUGGCACCACCCCCGCCGCCGGUGUAUAGAGAGAUCAAGAACGCGCACUUGGCCUUCCUCCAGUUCAAGCGCGAUGGAGUGAACACCUCGACGCAGAAGCGUGUGCACCCGAGUGCUGGGAUGCAGGACGGCAAUACGUCGACCAAGACGCCGAUCCACUUUGGCGACCAAAUUUGUCUGCUCUCCUCCAGCUCCGACUUGCCCCUCGCUAUCGGGUCUGAUGGCCGCAGCCGUCCCGCAAAAGACAGCUCUGCUGGUCCCCACAUGACCUUCACUAUUGUUGACUUCCGCAACCCGUCUCGCUACGACGAGGUCACGGCCACGGACGAAUUUUGGCUCCGUGUCGACCCAGCAGCUCUAUCACUGCGCAAUGAAACUUUGGACCCGACGAAAGACGGCGGCGAUGGAGAUGACUUCACUUCACUUCUCAGUGACACAAGCUAUUAUCUUGGCUGUCCGGGGUGGCUUGACGACGGAGAAUCUACGGUGGUUCCAACCACCACGGAUCCAAGUAAGCACAAGCGCUUUCGCAUUGUGGCAAUGAAGGCGCUGACACCAUCGAAAGAAUACUACGGUGAUGACGCCGCCACGCGCGAGUAUGCCGUGGAAACUAACGAUGGCAUUAUGCGGUUGGCGCGCUGGCGAUUUGUGAGAUACACCCCUCGAAAGCACGAACAAGUGGCGAAGGUGGAAAGCUCUGGUGGGGCCGACAGCGAGCAAGACGUGAAUGACGCGAUGGUGAACUGCUCACUUGUGUACCUUGUGCUCAGUGAUUUCGCCCUCGUGUACGAUGAAGACAUGAAGCGCGGUGUAGGAAUGCGCGUAUCCUCAGGUACACGCGAAUCGCCUUCAGAAGUACUGCACCUUCACAGAAAUGGUCACGAAAACGGCAACAAGCAACAGAGGCAUCGUCGCACUGACAGCAGUGGCAGCGCGACCGCAAGCUCGGUUCUUCUGUCGCCUUGCGCGCGGUGGCAAGUGCGUACCUUAAAGCGCACUGGCGGCAUCAACUACUUGCAGGAGUUGGAGCUGGCCAUGGCGGCAGUCACUGGAGACGUACGGAAAGAGGACGGUGUGCGCGUGGAGUGGCUUCGGAAGAAGCAGGACAAAAUGGCGUCGAACAACCGCCGACUGCAUGCCAAGAGCGGGUUGGUGCUUAACGCUCGCCGGCAAUACGACCUCGUUGCAGUCCAAAGUAACAGCAAACUCGAGGAGAUUGAGCGGGAGAAGGGGGCGCAGUCGAGUGGCCAUCAACCGUACGAGAUCUUGCAGCUCAAGCAGCAGCAGCUUCAACGAGUAGUAGAACUCCCUCACUUAUGA